CGGAUCCCGGAGGAGCGCGCAUGCCCCGGGCAAGCUCAGCGGCUCUUUGGAAGAAGGCCGGUCGCCGAGGUUGCUGCCGGGGAGAGCCCGCUGUUGAGCCAUGGCGAGCGGGGUUAUCAAAUGUAAGGCAGCUGUUGCCUGGGAGGCAGGUAAACCACUGUCCAUUGAAGAGAUUGAAGUUGCCCCACCAAAGGCUCAUGAAGUUCGUGUCAAGAUCAUCGCCACUGCUGUGUGCCACACUGAUGCCUACACUUUGAGUGGUGCUGAUCCUGAAGGGAGUUUCCCUGUCAUCCUGGGUCAUGAAGGAGCAGGAAUUGUGGAAAGUGUUGGGGAAGGAGUGACUAAAUUUAAACCAGGAGACACUGUGAUCCCUCUGUAUAUCCCUCAGUGUGGAGAAUGCAAGUUCUGUUUAAACCCUAAAACAAAUCUGUGCCAGAAAAUAAGAGUCACCCAAGGAAAAGGAGUGAUGCCCGAUGGCACCAGUCGGUUCACAUGCAAAGGAAAGCAAGUUCUCCACUUCAUGGGAACCAGCACUUUCUCCGAAUACACUGUUGUUGCAGACAUUUCUCUGACUAAAAUCAAUGCUUCAGCUCCCUUGGACAAGGUCUGCCUGUUAGGUUGUGGUGUUUCAACAGGCUAUGGAGCCGCCUUGAACACGGCAAAGGUGGAACCGGACUCUACCUGUGCCGUCUUUGGCUUGGGCGGAGUCGGGCUAGCAGUCAUCAUGGGCUGUAAAGUAGCGGGGGCAUCUCGGAUUAUUGGGAUUGACCUCAACAAAGACAAAUUUGCUAAUGCAAAGGAGUUUGGGGCCACAGAAUGCAUCAGCCCUGCGGACUUCCAGAAACCUAUUCAGGAGGUUCUCGUUGAAAUGACAGACGGGGGAGUAGACUACUCAUUUGAGUGCAUUGGUAAUGUUGGUGUCAUGAGAGCAGCCUUAGAAGCUUGCCACAAAGGUUGGGGAGUGAGUGUGAUAGUUGGAGUUGCUGCUGCCGGUCAGGAGAUUGCCACCCGUCCGUUCCAGCUAGUUACUGGCCGGACAUGGAAAGGGACUGCCUUUGGAGGCUGGAAGAGCGUAGAAAGUGUACCAAAGCUGGUAGAUGAAUACAUGUCGAAGAAAAUUAAAGUGGAUGAGUUUGUGACUCACACCCUACCUUUUGAGCAAAUUAACAAGGCCUUUGAACUCAUGCAUGCUGGAAAAAGCAUUCGAAGCGUGCUGAAGUUUUAAGAAACAGAAGAAGGAACUCUUAGAAGUGUACACCUGUGGAAAAUCACAGGUUGCUUAAUGUGCCUUUUUUGUAGGAGAUCUAACUGAGAAAAGUCUGUCAUUCAGGAUUAUGUUAAGGCAGAGCCCCUGCUUUGGUAGUGUCAUCGUUUUUAAAAAAACAAAAACUGAUCACUACACUGCAGUCAGAGAUAGCAGCUGCUAAUUCUUUAAAAAAAACACAAACCUUAGUACCUCUCCAUUUCUCACUCUAAUCUGCCACUAAAAUGCGAAGAAUCAAACAGUAGACUGGAUUAAAUUAAAAUCAAUGGCUGUUUUUUCUUCUAAAAUACCUUAUGAGAAAAACAACUGCUUUAUAAGGCAUAUCAGGAUUAAAGCCUCUUUCAUAUGCA